ACCUGAAAAUGGAGAACCCCUGAAACCUGAUCGUGAUAAAGCUAUAGGAUAUUUUAAGCGGUGUUUAGAAUUUCUUCCAAAACCAUAUGAAAGUAAUGAUACUCAUAGGAUGACAUUGGCUUUUUAUUCUUUAUCGGGUUUGGAUCUUUUGGGUGCUCUUGAAACCGAAUUUACACAAGAACGAAUAAAUAAUUGGAUUAAUUGGAUAUAUGCUCAACAAAUUUUACCUGAUGAAAAUAAUCCAGAGCUUAACGAAAGGAUUUGUGGUUUCAGGGGUUCUCCAUUUUCAGGUCUUCCAUAUAACCCAAACGGAAGCCGUGCGUCAAGGUUACCAUUCGAUGCGUCAAAUCUUGCAAUGACUUAUACCGCUCUUACUUCUUUACUCAUCUUAGGAGAUGAUUUAUCACGUGUAGAUAAGUCGGCGAUAAUUAAUGCAAUGAAAUAUCUGCAAAAUAAGGAUGGAAGUUUCACUCAAACAUAUCAAGGCAUGGAAUCUGACAUGCGGUUUGUAUAUUGUGCAUGUGCCAUAUCAUAUAUAUUGAACGAUUUUAGUGGAAUUAAUGUAGAUAAAGCUAUUGAAUAUAUAAAAAAAUGUCAGUCAUAUGAUUAUGGCAUUGGUCAAGGACCUGGUGAAGAGUCACACGGAGGAUCAACAUACUGUGCUAUUGCCUCACUUUAUCUUUUAAACAAACUUGAUGAGGGGCUUUUAUCAAAAGAUAAAACCAUAUUCUGGCUUAUAUCACGCCAAGAAAGUGGGUUUCAAGGACGAGCCAAUAAACCACCUGAUACAUGUUAUUCAUUUUGGAUUGGUGCAUCGUUAAUGAUGUUAGAUUCUUUUGAAUUUAUUGAUUACGAACAGAAUUAUAAUUUUUUAAUGGAAACUAGAACUUCGCUUGGUGGAUUCUCAAAAUGUCCCGGAUAUUACCCUGAUGUAAUGCACUCAUAUAUGGGAAUGGCAGGAUUAUCACUUAUGGAAGAUUCCAAGAAAUUAGAUCCGGCAUUGAAUAUAUCAUUGAGAGCAAAGGAAAAUUUAUUAAAGAGAAGUGUAUUCAAAAGAGAAUGA